GAUUUCCAAGAUCCCAGCUUCUGACCCUUGGAACUAUCCAUUGGAGUUUCUGCUCAGCGCUAACGCUCGCUCAGUUGCAAUUAUUUGAGAAAAAUUUGAAAUUAGUCGGUUUUCUGAGUCUGGGAAAUUGGAGUUUGUUCACAGUUGAAUAUGGCAAUAUUUAAAGCAAUACUGGUGUUCACUUUAGUGCUAUUGAGUAGUUUGUUCAUCACAUUUGAAGGCGUCGAAGGCAAACGUGGAUGUGAAUACUUUGGACACUCUUGUUAUGGCGGCAUAGGGAAAAGAACCUACAUGGCUGAAGCCAGUGAAGAGUCAAUGCCAGUUGAAGCACAAGACGCGGAAAUUCCUGCAGAUGUCUUCAAAGGGCCCAGAAGUCAAUUACCUUAUGCUUCUAGAGAAUUCACUCAAACGGCUUUAUCCCCCAAGCAGUACGAGCAGAUGAACAAAUACAUCAGAGAAUGGGUCCGCAACUACCUAAGAAAAGAACAUGAACUCGAGAGGAAAUAAACAUCGACUGAAAUCGGCGUAGCCCAAAUGUAAAUUUGCCAACUGUCUUUGAAUAAAUCAGUUUUAAUUAUCGAA